AGUUAAAUAUUGUUUUCACUGAUGGAAACAAGAAUUUGAAAUAUAAUCCUACCUUCUGGAUAUGUAUGAUAAGCAAACAACUUUUGCUGGAUUUUUUCAUUUAUGUUUGUAUUUUUGUUUCAGGGUGGACAUAUAAUUUUCUUCCAGAGUCUAAGUCUUCUAGGUUAUUGUCUAUUUCCUCUGGACAUUGGAGCUCUCAUCUGCAUGUUGAAGGACAAUGUGGUAGUCAAAAUGAUCGUGGUCUGUGUGACAUUGGCCUGGAGCUCCUGGGCUGCCUACCCUUUCAUGAGUUCAGCUGUGAACCCAAGGAGAAAAGCCCUUGCUCUCUACCCUGUUUUUCUCAUGUAUGUAUCUGUUGGUUUUCUUAUCAUUGCCAUUAAUUAAUGAAUUAGUGGUUUCCAUUUGGGUUUCCUCAAGUGAGCAGUUACACAGGAACCUCAGGCGGUGGUUGAUUUUCAUCCCAUGUUACUGUAUAUUUUGACUUGAAAUCAUUGGGAUUCAACCAGCGGACAUUAUAUGCCAGUUAUAUUUCAGUAUACUUAGAUUUCGAGUUAGGGCUUUUUGUUUCUCUUUUGUGCACCGUAAAUUAUAUAUUUUUUAAGUUGAAUACCAUGUGUACAUUUGUGUUAACAUCAAUAUGAAUAUAUAUAUCUGGUAUUU